AGGGCAGCAUAUCCGAUAUCCAGAAGAUGGCCGGUCUGCCGUGUCUGCAAUGGAGCUGUGCCUUAACGCCACCAAUGGCUCCGGCCAUAAAGCCACCACCACCGCCGCCCUGUCCGGGUGCACCGCUCCGGCCACCGUGCAUGACGCCAGCAAUGACUCCUGUGCUACCCAAGGUGGAGCUGCCAAAGAAGAACGUGCCGCAGCCCACGAAUCUAUGAAAGAGCUUCAACUGGUCCAAGCGGCCGGAUGCCAAGCUCCAGGGCACCGUCUGGAACGAGCUUGGCGAGAGCGAGUUGUAUAACAACAUGGAGUUGGAGUCGAGCCGAUACGGCAGUAACGGCCGAUGGAGCUGUCCCUCAAGAAGCACGGAGGUACCAGCUACCGCUCUAGGCAGCAGCACCAGAGGCGGUGGCCGCAGCGGAAGCAGCAGCCCCUACGACGAAAGCGCUGGGCGCCGUACCGGAAGGCGGAGGGGCUGCACCAGCCGAAGACGGAGAAGGAGCUCCUGCGACAGAAGGAGGAGGAGCACCAGCCGCCGAGGGAGGACCAGCAGUUCUAUAGGCAACCGUCGAGGCUGCACCAGCGGAAGGCGGAGAAGGAGCUCCAGUGGCAGAAGGAUAAGGAUCACCAGCCGCCGAGGGAGGAGCAGCAGUGCCACAAACAACCGCCUAGCAGAAAUUUAUCGUCAUCCUCUUUAUCAUCGCUUCGUGUACAGCAGGAGCUGGCCCGUUUCGAGCAUCUUGUCACCGAGGGCAGCAUAUCCGAUGUCCAGAAGAUGGCCGGUCUGACGUGUCUGCAAUGGAGCUGUGCCCUAACGCCACCGAUGGCGCCGGCCAUGAUGCCACCAUUACCGCCACCCUGUCCGGGUGCACCGCUCCGGCCACCGUGCAUGACGCCAGCAAUGACUCCUGUGCCACCCAAGGUGGAGCUGCCAAAGAAGAACGUGCCGCAGCCCACGAAUCUAUACAACAGCUUCAACUGGUCCAAGCUGCCGGAUGCCAAGCUCCAGGUCACCGUCUGGAGCGAGCUUGGCGAGAGCGAGCUGUAUAACAACAUGGAGUUGGAGUCGAGCCGAUACGGCAGUAACGGCCGAUGGAGCUGUCCCUCAAGAAGCACGGAGGUACCAGCUACCGCUCUAGGCAGCAGCACCAGAGGCGGUGGCCGCAGCGGAAGCAGCAGCCCCUACGACGAAAGCGCUGGGCGCCGUACCGGAAGGCGGAGGGGCUGCACCAGCCGAAGACGGAGAAGGAGCUCCUGCGACAGAAGGAGGAGGAGCACCAGCCGCCGAGGGAGGACCAGCAGUUCUAUAGGCAACCGUCGAGGCUGCACCAGCGGAAGGCGGAGAAGGAGCUCCAGUGGCAGAAGGAUAAGGAUCACCAGCCGCCGAGGGAGGAGCAGCAGUGCCACAAACAACCGCCUAGCAGAAAUUUAUCGUCAUCUGAGCAGCCACUUUAUCACUAUUAUCUCAGGAGCUGGCCCGUUUCGAGCAUCUUGUCACCGAGGGCAGCAUAUCCGAUGUCCAGAAGAUGGCCGGUCUGACGUGUCUGCAAUGGAGCUGUGCCCUAACGCCACCGAUGGCGCCGGCCAUGAUGCCACCAUUACCGCCACCCUGUCCGGGUGCACCGCUCCGGCCACCGUGCAUGACGCCAGCAAUGACUCCUGUGCCACCCAAGGUGGAGCUGCCAAAGAAGAACGUGCCGCAGCCCACGAAUCUAUACAACAGCUUCAACUGGUCCAAGCUGCCGGAUGCCAAGCUCCAGGUCACCGUCUGGAGCGAGCUUGGCGAGAGCGAGCUGUAUAACAACAUGGAGUUGGAGUCGAGCCGAUACGGCAGUAACGGCCGAUGGAGCUGUCCCUCAAGAAG